UUGGCUCGUCACAACAACCACUCCAUACCCAAUCACCACCAUCACUCUUCUUCAAGCCAACAAGACCUCGUUCACCACAGUAACCUCGUAGACACAGUGCCUGUAAUUGAGGAGGCCGUGGUCAUGGUCGUGGUCGUUCCUUCAAUAGUGGCCAAUUUUUUGGUUCCACCAUCAAUCACUCCACCUCUUAUUCUCGGCCAAUCUGUCAGGUUUGCAAUCACAUUGGACACACAGCUCUCCAAUGCCACAACCGCUACAAUGAAGCCUUCCAAUAAACUGCUCCUUUAG